CAGGGAGGCGAUUAUGGACUUUAGGGAUCACAUACUUGGUGUUGCGGAAGCGCUAUGCGAGUUGCUAUCAGAAGCACUAGGGUUGAGCCCGGACUACUUGAGAAGCAUGAAUUGUGCCAUUACACAACUGAUGGUGGCCCACUACUAUCCGCCGUGCCCAGAGCCGGAGCUGACCCUCGGCACCGCCAAGCACACCGACCCGUCCUUCCUCACCGUGCUUCUCCAAGAUGAGAUCGGCGGCCUCCAAGUCCUUCACCAGGGCCGCUGGGUCGACGUUUCCCCGAUUCCCGGAGCUUUAGUCGUAAACAUAGGUGAUCUCCUUCAGCUCGUGAGCAACGACAAGUUCAAGAGCAUCGAACAUCGCGUUCUCGCGAGCGCGAAGGGGCCCCGCAUAUCCGUGGCGGUGUUCUUCAAUCCGAGCUUCGACGAAAAAAAACCUUACGGGCCCGUCAAAGAGUUGCUGUCGGAAACUAAUCCUCCGGCGUACAGGGAUGUUACUGUGGCCGAGUACAUCAUGAACUACCUCACCAAGGGGCUCACAAGCUCCUCCCUCGACGCUUUUAAGUUGUGAAUGAUCUGGUAUUAUUGUAUGAGAAACAAAGAGCUAGCAUGCAUGCACUUGAAACCUUAAAAACUUCUAAGUUGAAAUGCUUGUUACUAUAUAUGUAUUCAUGACAUAAUAUUAAUGUAUGUGAACGAGGGGACUUACAUGCA